AUGGAGGCACGGCUCCUGGAGGUCAGCCCGAAGGUCGUCGCGGCGCCUGUGCGACAGGUGAUGGUGCGGUUAUCUUCCAUCGGGUUCUGCCUAGCUGAGCUUGCGGAUGUCCACACGAAGCUCUUCAAGAUGGUGAACUCUGGCGAUGAUGACGGCUGCCCGACUGCUCGUCACAACGAAGCCCGCAUGUUGAUCUGUGAGGAGCUGCCUGAGCUGCAAGAAAGCUUGUUGCACAAGGGCCAGACCCUGGCCAAGUACCUUGCAGCACGCCUGGUAUAUCAUGAGCUACGAUCUGAGCUCUUUGAAAGAUUGUACUUCGUCACGGCUCCAGGUGGUGGCAUCGCAACUCCAAGCAGUGCUGUCGGCAGCUUCACUCCUCGGACUUCCACUACACCGGCCUCCUUUCUUCAAGACAGUGCUGGCGGACUCCUGACGCUCAAGGAGAUUGUGGCGAGCCGGCAAAAUAGCUUCUUGAGCCUUGUUGAGCAAGCACCUACAGCGUUGCUGGGAAGUUUCGUGGCUGAACUUGGUAUCGAACUGACGCAUGCCUGGAUGUAUGUUAUCAUCGACUACUUGCGCAAACAACAGCUGGACCAGAUCUACGACCACCUUGAUGGUGACCAGGAAGCACUGAGUCGAGCGAUCGACUCCAUGAUGCAGGUUACACGACAACGCGUGCAAACCAAAGCCCUUGGAGGCCUCACGCUUGAGGACUGUCGCAAUGCAGAAAAACGUUUGGAAGAGGUUCAGCGGCUGUCGCAGUGCCUAAUUGAGGAGAUGCGAUCACGCACAGCAGAGGAACUUGCGCGGUACGCUGCCAAAGUCCGAGGAGAGUUUUCGCAAGAGACGCGUGACAUGCGUGACACAGCAUCCACGAUGUUGGGGCGUGAGCGCUCACAAACUCCCACCCCGAUGGGCCCUUCCCUCGGCGAGAAGACUCCUCGCAUUCUGACAUAUUCUGACAUGGAGUCAUUAGUUGAUGCCGUAGUAUGGUUCUUGAAGUAUGCGCUAAACCCUGACUGA